AAUUAAAAAAGCUCCUACCUUUUUGACCUCACUUCUAACCCAAUAUAUCACUAUUUCUAAAGUGUUCAAGUAUAUAUAGUUGUCAUUUGUAGGUGACUUAAAUGGCGGAUUUGCAAGCAACUAACUGCAAGAAAUAGAUCAACAAAAAUGGGACCUGGGGAGCCUGAAGAGAACAUCACUCACGUGGAUGCUUCGCUGUAUCAGGCCGCAGCAAAAGGCAACAUUGAAGUAUUCAAUAAUAAGCAGGGGCUUCAACUAGAGUCGCUAAAGACCCCAACCCACAACAACGUGCUCCAUGUUAACUUGGCAACCAAGGAGAAUACUGUCUGGCUUUUUUACACAGUUCCCUAAAUAUUCAAAUUAUACUCCACACAAUAUGUAUUUUUCUAUCGGUAUUUGAGUAUUUUCAUUACUAUGAUAAAAAGAGAAAACAGAUCAGAUUUUAUCGAACAAAUUCUCAGCAAGUGUCCGUCACUGCUACUCCAAACGAAUGCUAAAGGCCAAACUCCUUUGCACGUUGCAGCAAGGUAUGGACAUUCUGCUAUUGUGAAACUUCUAAUCAAGUCUUGUGCAAAAGCUAGAGAUGGAGAUUUAGAGAAGCUGGAAAUGGAUCAAGUAACUGCAGGGAGAGAGAUGCUGAGGAUUACGGAUCAGGAAUCAAAUACGGCUUUACAUGUAGCAGCAGAAUAUGGCGAUGUUGAAACGGUGGAAGGAUUGUUGAAGCUUGAAGACCCUGAUUUUCUGUAUUCUGCAAACACAAACCAGGAGACUCCACCUUACAUAGCAGCUAGAAGCGGAGACGCGGGCGUGCUGAGUAUACUAUUAAAGAAAUCGAAAUCAACAGCUCAUGGUGGCCCCCACGGUAGAACAGUUUUGCAUGCAGCAGCUAUGGGCGAAGAUGAAGAGGCAACAAGGAUAAUAUUGCAGAAGGAAGGGAAUUUGACAAAGGAAGGAGAUGAAGAUGGGCGCACCCCUCUUCAUUAUGCUGCACACUUAGGUUGCAUUUCUGUUGUGGAAGAACUGUUAAAAUGGGAUGUAUCAGCUGCCUAUAUAGGUGAUACAAAGAGGGGGAUGACACUGUUAGAACAAAGUCAGCAGCAACAAGUUAUUUGCUCAAGAACUAAAUGAAACCGAGAGCAAAAUGAAAAGAACUUGAGCACAAAACAUGGAUGAAAAAUCAGCAGCAAUCUUCAUUGAUUGAUAAUGAAAAAAUAAAUACAAAGUUAACAAGUCAAAUGACCAUUGCCUAAUGAUUUACCUAUUCCCACUAAUAAUCAACUAAUACAAUUUAAAUUUUAAACUAAAGCAAGUUGAUGUAUCAGCCAUUACAUCCAUUACAUCAAAAAUUCUACUAACUUAGAUUACAAAUUACGAACAAA